AUGUCCGAACGUUUACGCGAACGACUUGGAUACUUCUCUGAGGAACUAGAUGGUCAAAUACGGUCCGCGUCACCGGCUGGAUCGCGAUCACCACGUCGAUCCAGUCGAUCUCCUCGGCCACCAAAUGGAGAGCCGGCGAUUGCGGUAGCGAUACCGUUAGUACGUGAUUCUCGUCCCGAUAUUACAGCAUGGCCUGCACCACCACAAAAUCUACCGUUAACCUGUAUUAGUGGAAAUGUACGGACUCCCAUAGCAGCACCUGUACGACCAUCAGUUUCACCUGUAGCCGUAUCACCGGUAUCAAAUGGUGGUAGUACUAAGACAGAAAUCGAUGAUCCUACAACUUUACUUACUAUGUUAAAAGUAGCGGCAGCAACAAGUGCUAAUGGUAGGAUUACGGACAAUGAACCACGAAAAGGAGUUCCAAGAGUGCGAGAAACGGAAUUGAAGAAGAAAAUCCAGACACUUGAAGAGACUGUGGCUGAAUAUGAACGCCAAAAAUACAAUGUAAUGGGAACAUUUAGUGAAUACAGAGAACGUGUGGCAGAACGUGAACGAAAACUCGAAGCUGAAUAUUCAAGUAAAAUAAUCGCACUCUCUGAGGAGGUAUUAGGAGCGAAGAAGGAUUUUGAGGCUCGUAUGAAGAGUUUCCAAGCGUUACAGGAUAAAUUUGAACGUGAGAAGGAACAAGCGUUAGAGAAACUACGACAAGAGCAUCAAAAAGAGAUUCAACUAUUGGAGCAACGUUUCUCCGAAUCACAAUUGCUGAAUCUAGAACAGAAGUAUAUGAUUGAAAUUCAACGAUUAGAAGAGGAGAGAAAAUCGCUACGAUCCGAGAAGGAACGCUUAGGCGAAACAUUCGAGAUGAAACUUCGACGAGCGCAAUCACUUUAUGAAACUGAACUCACCGCCGCAAAAAUGUUGUACACAAAAGAAUUGGAAGCACUGAGAGAUCACGAGGAUGCGCUGAAAGAAGAACUCUUAGCGAGACAGGAUGAGUUCCAUGAUCGUCUACAGGAACUGCAACAUCAAGCCCGUAGAAGUCGAGAUGAGUUGGCUAGCUGUAAAAAUGAAGUGACAGCAUUGGAACGGAAGCUCCAAUCGAAAGAAGCUGAAGUUCGAGCGAUCAGUAAAGAAUUGGAUGAUGCUCGAACUGAAACCAACGAUGCCUUGAAACGUUUAUCUCAGUCAGUUGCCGAAUUUAAUGAACAUAGAGUGAAAUUUCAACAACAAGAAGAGGAGCUAAGAAAAAAAUCAAAAUUACUAAAUGUGGUGGAAGCUGCAAAAACGAAACUUGAAGGAGUGAUUCGUGAUCUUCAGACUGAAGUUCGAGCUCUGAAGAAUAAGGUUGAAUUUUUGGAAAAGGAGCGUGAAAAUCUUCAAAGUCAAAGUGAAAGCCAAGCAAAAUUACAAAAUUCCCAAGUGAACGCUCUUGAAGCUGUGCUCGAAAGUGUUACGAAAGAAAAGGAAGCGACCAAAGAACACUAUGAGGGAUUACUGGUAAAAGAACGGCAGCAGGCUGAAGCUCGUGAACAUGCGAUGAAAAAAGAGUUUAGUAGUAAAUUGAAUGAACUUGAGGAACAGUACACUAGUUUGAAGGAGGAUCUGGAACAUUCGGCUCGAUUGGAUAGGGAUGAACUAAGAGAAGCUACACAACACGAGAUUCAAACUCUUAGAACUGAAAAGACGUUACUUGAAGCGGAAGUCACUGCGUUGAAACAAAAGUUCCUGGAUGGAAAUGAGACUGAGGAUCAACUCACGGAACAACUCAAUGUUAUUGUUAAUGAAACAGCAGGACUUACACGAACAUUAGAAGAAUAUCGUCAACGAAUUAAUAGCAAAGAUGAGGAGAUUACCGCACUUCGACGACGAGUCGACCAGGAACAGAGUCUAUCCGAAGAGCAAAUACGAGUGAUCAAGGAUGAACUUAGAAGUGAAAUGCUGUCAUCAGACGAAUAUCAGAAUAGCCUCAUGGAAAUAGAACGAUUACAUUCGGAGAUAGCUAAGUAUGAAAGAAAACGUGAAAAAGAAGAAGAGGCUGAAAAUGAAAGUGUCGAAGUGGUGAAGAAAUUACAGGCGGAAAAUGAAGAGUUGAAGGGGAAAAUCCACGGCAUGGAGGAGAGCAAAGGAGGCGAGGAAUUGAAAUCAUUGAUGUCUUCACUUAUCGAAAAGGAGAAAGAAUUAUCAUCUUUGAAGGAAGAUGCGGCAAAAUUGAUAGAAGAAAACGAAAAACUUCACAAUGAAAAAGAACGCAGAAAGUACUCGGAUGAAGCACUAAGAGAAGAGAUGGCAAUACUUCAAAGUGAUAAUCUUGAGAAAACAAGUCAGAUUGAAGCUUUGCACGUCCGAGUUAAUGAACUUCUCGAUCAAAUGGGAGGAAUUAAAGAAGAAUUGGAUAAGAAAACCGUUGAAUUGCAACAAAUCGGUGAUCGUUCUGAAAUGAAACUAGAAGCGUCGAAUCUAGAUGCUGAAGAAAAAACUAGGAUUCUUAGUAUGGAGCACGAGAAAGUCGUCAGUCAAUUUAAACAACGUGAAGAACAAAUGGAGCAAGAAAUACAACGGUUGAAGCAAGAAAUUAACGGUAACGAGAGCUCAAAGAAGCAGGUCGACAGCAUUGUUGAAAAAUUGAAAGAAGAGGUCCGGAAAAAGGAGACAGCGAUGGGACAAAUGGAAAUUGACAUCGGUGAAACAAAGAAUCUGCUUACCGAUAAGGAGCAGCAGCUCAAAGUAAAUCAAGCAACAAUCAUCUCAUUAGAAGAGAAGCUGAAGAAAAAUAAGAUAGAACAAGAUGAGAAGAUCCAAAAAAUGCAGGAAGAAAUGACAGCUCUCGUUGCUAGCCGCGAAGAAGAGCAGAAACCGGAAACGUUUUGCAUGGAAAUCCAGACCGAUCCUUUAAAACCGCCAUCUCCAGUACAAAUUGUGGAUUUGGCCAGAGAAAAAGAGCUCAAAUCCCGAAUCGCUGAGUUAGAGCAUGCUUUAGAGAUGAAGAACGAUCUAAUUGAAAAACUUCAUGAACAAAUACCAGAUAAAUCUGCAGAAGACGUAUCGUUAAAGAAAAAGGAUCGAUCGCAAAGUAUGACAAGUGGCGGUGUUUUUCAAAAUUUCGUCAGCCAAAUGAAAGAUAAACGUGAUGAAGCGAAUGAACGAAGUAAGAAAAAAGAAGCCGAGAGAAAAGCGGAAAAAGCUGCUAAAGAAGCUGCUCGAGAGAUUAUCAAGGAACGAUCACCAAUGCGUUCAAAAUCACCGUCAUUAUUGACACGUUUACGCGAUCGAAGUCCAGCAAAAACGCGAUCACCUUUGGACAAUCUGGAAACGACACCAUCAACGUCAAGCAGGAACCUUUUGAUGCCUAGCGAUGCGGAACGAUUGGAACGUAAAGGUUCACCGUCACGACCUCUAUUCAGUCGUUAUCGAAAAGAACCAAGAGAUACGGAAAAACGACCAGCAUGGAAAUUCUAG